AUGUCAGACUACGAAGAUAACGAUGAGAUGGACGUCGAUGUCCCCAAGUCUUCCAACGACAUACAAUUCUCCUCCAACAACACCGACUCGAAAGGCAAGCGUAGCGCAGCAAACCUCCCCGUGGAACUCGAGGACAACCUGCCCUGGGUGGAAAAGUACCGUCCUACCUCCCUCUCUGAUGUCAGCGGUCAUCAUGAUAUCCUCGCGACAAUCAACAAGUUUGUCGACUCGAAUCGUCUACCCCAUCUGCUGCUCUACGGACCUCCCGGUACCGGCAAAACUUCCACAGUCCUAGCUUUAGCGAGGAGGAUAUACGGCAACAAGAACAUGCGGCAGAUGGUGCUGGAGCUCAAUGCCUCAGACGAUCGAGGCAUCGAUGUGGUGCGCGAGCAGAUCAAGACUUUCUCCUCCACCAAACAGAUCUUCGCUGGUUCCUUCGACAAGAGCGCGCAGCAGGAUAGCAUUGGCAAUUUCAAACUCAUCAUCCUGGAUGAGGCAGAUGCGAUGACGAGCACGGCACAGAUGGCACUGCGAAGGAUUAUGGAGAGAUACACGGCAAAUACCCGGUUCUGUAUCAUUGCCAAUUACACACACAAGCUGAGCCCUGCGCUACUCUCAAGAUGUACAAGAUUUCGAUUCUCGCCAUUGAAAGAUGCGGACAUCAGACAGCUAGUGGACAGGGUCAUUGCAGAAGAGAAUGUCAAUAUCGCGCCGGAGGCUGUGGAUAGCUUGGUGACGCUGAGUAAAGGCGACAUGCGACGAGCGUUGAACGUCUUGCAGGCAUGUCAUGCAUCGUCAACACCAUUGCAUGUACCAGGCGAGAAGGUGAAGGACAGCAAAGACAUACAGCGAGACCUGAUUACCCAGGAGACGAUCUAUGAUUGCAUCGCGGCCCCGCACCCAGAGGACAUCUCAACAAUCGUGCAGACUUUGCUCACGACGCAGAAUGUGGGCUCGUGUCUGAGUACAAUCAACACUUUGAAGAAGCAGAAGGGGUUGGCAUUGGCGGACAUUCUCACAGCAAUGGGCGAACAGCUAACCGAGAUCGAUGUACCCGCUCAAACACGAGUAGCGUGGCUCGAAGGACUGGCCGAUAUCGAAUACCGUCUCAGUGGAGGAGGUAGUGAGAGUGUACAGACCGGAGGGCUCGUGGGCGUUAUCAGGAGUGGAGUUGGCAUGAUGGAGAAGGUGAAAGCUUAG